AUGAAUCCAACUCUGCUAUACGUCGUGUCAAUCUUUUUGGUUAGUGCCAGUGCUCUCAACCCAGUAUCGCAAAGUAGCAGUCCUUUGUCGGAUUCCCUGUCACUAUCACACAUUCAGCGCAGAUCCCCACAACCACCGAGAUUGCAGGCGUAUAGAUUGUGGAACCAAGCAGCCCAAGAAACCACGCUAGCCAUGUCCAAAUUUAAAAUAAGCGCCCGAACACUUCAGGAAUCCAUUAAACUGUUUCUCGCCCAACAGGAAAAGAUAGAGCGAUUUGGUGGUUUGAGUGAGACUGAAAGAAUGGUAAAGCAUGACGAAACUCCUUCAGUACAGGAAAUUCGAUUGAGAUCUGAUCUUGAAAAGAUGAUCGAUGCAAAACAGAAGUUGGACUAUGCAAGGGAAGUUCAAUCAAAGGCUUUGGAAGCAAAAAAUGCAGUUUCAAAAGGCAAUCAUGCAACUCCUCCAAGCAGCCCUGCACUUUCGAGUAUUCCUGAAGAGCCCGUUAAGAAAUCAGCAUUUGAAAUCACCAGCGUCAAAGAUAUUUAG